GUAUAAUCAUUGCAGUGAUUUAAAAAAAAAUUAUCCCGUUGAAUUGAAAUCCUCCUUUUUUUUAAAGUCGGUUAAAAAUCAAAACAUCAUUAUCCAUUUGUUUUUGGUGAAUCUUGUCACUGAUCUAGAUUUGUGAAAAAUAUAUUUUCAGAAGGCAAAAACUCAGGAUGAUCUCUAAGAAUCAUAGGUUUUACCUACUACUGAUUACUAUACAUCAUUCAACGCAGUCGGCCGAAUUCCUGGAAUCCUCCAGACCCGUAGUGCAUACUCCAGUAGGCUGUUUCCGAGGUAUCCAAGCCAAAGACGGGAACUACUCUAUGUUCCUGGGUAUCCCGUACGCGAAAGUUGACCCAAACAAUGUUUUCGGCCCUGCUAUCCCGCACAAGUUUGAAGGAAUAUCAGAUGCAGUCGACGAUACUUCAAGGUGUCCUCAAAUAGAAGAAUUUAACCACACGUUCACCGGGACACUGGAUUGUCUUCACAUAAACAUUUACGUACCGAAUAGCCCCAGAAAUAAACCCUUACCAGUGAUGGUCCUAAUAUUUGGAGGAAGAAUGAAAUUCGGAUUUGCAGGCAGAUACAUUUACGGACCUCGCUUCUUAGUCAGACAUGAUGUCGUUUUUAUUUCAUUCAACUAUCGCCUUGGUCCAUACGGUUUUCUCUGUCUAAAUAAUCCACAAGUACCAGGAAACCAGGGCUUAAAAGAUCAAGUGCUAGCGCUACGCUGGAUCAAGGCAAAUAUACGAUACUUUGGCGGAGAUGACUCCAAGAUCACUGUAGGAGGAAACAGUGCUGGCGCGAUAUCAGUAGAUUUUCACAUGCAGUAUCUGAAAGAACAACUGUUUAAUAGAGCGAUUCUGCAAAGUGGCGUUAUAUUAACUAAAAAAGUAUUUAAAGAUGCAGAUUUCAACGCGCCUAUACAUUUGGCGAAACGAUUAAAUUUUACAACAGACGAUGUUAAUGAAGCUUUAGCGUUUUUAAACGAAGUAAAACCAUAUGAACUUGUAACUGGAUUCAGAGACUCUGGGUUAGUUCUAGAACCGUGUGUUGAAAAGCAGUUUAAUACAACUGAAAGCUUUAUAACAAAACAUCCAGAUAAUAUAAAGAUUGUGAAAGAUGUCGACGUUUUAAUCGGUUUUAAUAACGAUGAAGGCUAUGUGGCAGUUAGUACAAUACCAAAAGAAAAAUUACAAAAUGAUGACUUCGUUUCUUCGCUAUUGGAUGACGAUUUUCAAUUUCAAAAUGAAAGUAAGGUAGAUGGAAUAAAAACGAUAAUAAGGAACUUUUAUUACGGCGAUGACGUCUAUGAUGUAGAUAAUAGGAGACCUUAUAUGAACUUGUUUUCCGAUUUUAGUAUUAGCAGUCCAAUUUUAAGAACUAUCAGAAAAUAUUUGGAGAGUGGCUUAGACAACAUAUACUUCUACAUAUUUUCAUAUUCCGGUGAGAGGUGUUUUUCAAAAGAUAAAGAUAAUAUUUCAUAUACAGAAGGUGGCGCCGCCCACGCCGAUGAGCUGGGCUAUUUGUUUGACAUUUCGUACAUGAAAGAGAGGUUGCGUGAAGAAGAUAUGCUAAUUGUUGACAGGAUGACGGAACUUUGGACUAAUUUUGUUAAAUAUGGAAACCCAACCCCAAAACCGUCAAAGCUGGUUCCCCUUCAAUGGCCGCGGGUCACCCACAACAAGCUGUCAUAUUUGGAAAUAAACACUACACUACGCCUGGAUUCAAGCCCUGUGCAUCAGCGGAUGAGCUUCUUAGACCUUCUCUACAGAGAGUUGGAUGACAUCAAGAAACAAGAAUCAAAUAUUUAUUCGUGAUAAUUGUAACAUACAGAAUUACAAAGACAACAAUAAUAAAGGACA